AUGUAUGACACUCAGACCGUUAACACAAUUCAUGGAUGUGUGUUACUCAGACCGUUAACACAAUUCAUGGAUGUGUGUUACUCAGACCGUUAUCGCUAUUCAUGGAUGUGUAAUGCUGAGAGCGUUAAUUACAAUUCAUGGAUGAAUAAUGCUGGGAGCGUUAAUUACAAUUCAUGGAUGUAUAAUGCUGAGAGCGUUAAUUACAAUUCAUGGAUGUAUAAUGCUGAUAGCGUUAAUCACAAUUAA